AUGUUUGGCAACCAUUCUUGUUCGGCCUGUAUGGCUUCUCUGCAGCCUGAAGAUGGCCAUGAUUUGUGUCCCUCAUGCCUCGGCCUUGAGCAUCUGAAGGAGGCUCUUUCAGAUGACGCUUGCAUGAACUGCAGCUUCAUGCCCCGGGCAGUGAGGGCUGCCAGACUAGCUGAGGUGGAACAACUGUUGACCCUCAGCCCAUCACCUGAACAGCUGACCCCAGCACAGGGAGUGGUUCCAACUCGGUCUGGCAGGCCCAAACGUCGUGCUGCCGAGACAGCAGUCCCCACUUCCAGGAAGAGGGUUAAGGAGUCCAGCCUUGCUUCCAAGGUGGACCAAUUAACAACAGAAAUUAAUAAUAUGAAAUCCCUCUUCCUAACCUUCCAGUCUGGGACUGGUGCAGGGGAGCCAGCUGCUUCAGUGCCUCCAGCGGCCAUCUUGGAGCCGGAGGAAGAUGUGCUUUCCAUGGCGGCAUCAGCCACUCAAUUUGCUGAAUAUGAGCCGGAAGUGGUUGCGCAGGAUGUAACCUCCCGUGCUUCCGCGGCAGGCUCCUGCUCAUCAACCCACAGCUCCGCUGGUGGUUCUGAUGAUGGCUCAAUGGGAGCCAUCAUUCGUAUGGCCCUGGCCCGUUUGCAGUUAGACCUACCACAAGCUCAGUCGGCUCCAGCCAGUGCUUUCUUCAGGCGUGGUCCAUCCCACACUAACUUUACUGUCCCCCCAUCAGAAGAGUAUCUGAGGGAAUUGCAUGCAUGUUGGAGGGAUUCUAGAACUCUCUCUCAUGCAACAUCUGAUGGCCGCACCCUGGCAGCCAUGCAGGAUGCACCCAGAUUUGGCUUGGGCCGCAUGCCACCAAUUGAGCCCCCUAUAGCUGCUCUGAUUGUCUCGCCUGAUGAGGCUCUGAGGCCAGAUGCGAGGUGUCCUCGUCCCCAGUGUCGGGUUACGGAUGACCUACUCUGUAAAGCCUAUGACGCAGCGGCACGCAUGGGACGCAUAGGUAAUUCUAUGUCCCACCUGCUGCUCGUGCUAUCAGCAUCCCUGCAGGAGACUACAGUGGAUGCUCCGGUCCACAAUUUCAGCGACGCUUCCCUGCAGGCAUUCGCGCUGAUGUCUAGAGAGCUGGGGCGAUUGAUGUCCACUCUCGUCCAGGCUCGCCGUCAGAGGCGCUUAACUGCACAGUUCAAGCCAGACAGACUCGAUUUCAGCUGUCCGAGCUUCAAAGGAAUAUGCCCCCUCCUAGCGGCCCUAGGAGCUCUUCAGUUGCCCCCCAGUGCCGGCCUCAUCCACAGGCUUAUCCCAGUAGCUAUCGCAGGUCUCAGCGCACACCUUCACAGCCUGCCCACCAGCAGGCACGGAGUUUUCGGGCCUCUGAGCAGCUGCCCUCUGGGCAACCUCAGGCCUCUCGUGCUACCCGUCGUGCCCCCAGAGCCUCUAGAGGCCGGGGGACCCGGCGCUGAGGCCCAGGGGCCGGUCGUCGGCUGUUUUUCCCAGCAGCAGCUCAGUUACUGGUCUGCUUCCACCAGGGACCCCUGGGUGCUUUCCACCUUGACCCACGGGUACAAACUUCAGUUCCGACGCCGGCCCCCAACCUAUGGCCGGGUCAAGAUGACCAUCAUACGCGACCCGGCAAAAGCCCAAGCCCUCAGCCAGGAGUUGUCCGUCCUCCUGGACAAAGGUGCCAUCGAGCCAGUAGAUCCCCUGUUGCAACCAGGGGGAUUCUACUCCACUUACUUUCUAGUAACAAAGAAAGACGGCGGACUCCGUCCCAUCCUCGACCUGAGGGGUCUCAACAGAUUCCUGAAGGUCUUGAGGUUCCACAUGCUCAGCAAUGCAGAGGUUCUGCGCACUGUGGCCAGAGAGGAGUGGUUUACAUCAAUAGACCUCAAGGAUGCCUACUUUCAUGUCCCCAUAGCUCCAAACCACAGACAGUUUCUGCGGUUCGCUUUUCACGGGCGUCAUUACCAGUUCAGGGUGAACCUGGUUUUCACCAGGUGCAUGAUGGCAGCCCUCUCACCCCUGCAGUCGCAGGGCAUGAAGGUCCUCCCAUAUCUGGACGACUGGCUCAUCUGUGCACCAUCCCAAUCUCAGGUGGCCCUGGACACGACACAUCUUCUGUCCCACGUGGCCCGACUGGGCCUGAAGGUAAAUUUUACCAAGAGUUGCCUGGUUCCCUCGCAGAGCACACUCUUUCUCGGAAUGACUCUCGAUUCAGUCGCCAUGAAGUCCUGUCCGUCACCACAGCGGGUGGACGACAUUCUCCGCCUCCUUCUCUUGUUUCAGGAAGGCAGGUGGUUGCGCUAUGUGGAGUUUUUGCGCCUCCUCGGGAAACUGACGGCUGCGGCCAAUGUGGUUCCUCUGGGACUGCUGUCGCUACGUCCUCUUCAGAGAUGGCUGCACAGCUUUCAUUUCGAUGUCCGAUGGCACAGGCACAGGAGACUCAGAGUGUCACGCUGUUGCCUUCUUGCUCUGGCCCCAUGGAGAGAGAGAUCAUUUCUCCUUCAGGGCAUGCCCUUGGGUUCCAUUGCGUCCCGUCGGGAAGCCAUCACAACAGAUGCCUCCCUCUCAGGGUGGGGCGCCGUGUGGCAGAACCGGACAGCUCAGGGGCUGUGGUCUGCUCAAGACCGCUCGGUGCAUAUCAAUGUUCUAGAACUGUGGGCUGUGCACAAGGCACUGCUUUUUUUCCUUCCCUUCCUGAGAGGCCGACAUGUGCUUAUACGGUCGGACAAUGUCUCAACCAUCUCCCACAUAAACCACCAGGGGGGCACCAGGUCUGCCCAACUGUUGCAGGCAUCCCGGGACCUGCUGUUGUGGGCAGCGCCACAUCUUGCCAGCCUGAGAGCAAUGUAUUUGCCCGGGGAAAGGAACCAGGCUGCCGACUUCCUCUCUCGUUACAAACCGCCGCCAGGGGAGUGGCGGCUUCAUCCAGAGGUCGUUCUCAACAUCUGGGAGGUCUUCGGCAAGGCAGAGGUCGAUCUGUUUGCCACGGAGGAGUCGACCCAUUGCCCUCUCUGGUUCUCUUUGACGGAAGAGAGCAGCCCUCUGGGUCAGGAUGCUCUUGCCCACGAUUGGCCAGACAGUCUUCUCUAUGCGUUUCCGCCAAUCCCUCUGAUUUUUCCAACGCUACAGAGGGUCCUCCAGCAGGGUCACAGACUGCUGUUGGUAGCCCCCUUUUGGCCAGGCAGGACGUGGUUCCCAUUGCUGAGCAGGCUCUGCCGCAGCUCACCAUGGCGCCUCCACAGGAAAGAUCUCCUGUCUCAGUUACAGGGCCAGAUUUGGCAUCCCGACCCUCCUCGCCUGCAGCUAUGGGUCUGGCCGCUGCAGGGCCCAACCCCCUACUGACAGAGUGUUCAAAUUCUGUCUGUAAUACCAUAUUGAAUGCCAGGGCGCCUUCUACCCGGUUGCAAUAUGAAAAUAGGUGGCAGCUGUUCACUGAGUGGUGUUCAGACAGGGGUGAGGACCCUGUGAACUGUUCAAUCCCUAAGAUUUUGGAGUUCCUCCAGUCAGUCUUGGAUAACGGUCGGUCCCCGGCUACUCUGAGGGUGUAUGUGGCAGCCAUUUCCUCUCGACAUGUUCGGGUGGAAAAUGACACAGUAGGGUGCCACAGAUUGGUGUCACUUUUUCUGAAGGGGGCGUGGCGGUUGCGACCCCCACGAGCACAGCGUGCCCCAGCAUGGGAUCUGCACCUGGUGCUAGAUGCUCUGUGUUUGCCUCCCUUUGAACCCCUGGAACAGGCAGAGCUGAAGUGGGUCUCUGUUAAGACUGCCUUUCUCCUUGCCAUUGCUUCAGCAAAGCGGGCCGGAGAGCUACAUGCUCUAUCCGUCAGUGAUUCAUGUCUGAGGUGGAACUCGGAUGGUUCAGGGGUUACUCUUUGGCCAAACACAGCCUUUCUCCCGAAGGUUCUGUCGUCAUUGAACCUCAAUCGACCUAUCCACCUAGCACAAUUUGUCCCCCCAGCAGGGGAGGACAGGUUAAGACUGCUGUGUCCUGUGUGGGCUCUGAGAACCUAUGUAACCGCGACCGCAGGUAUAAGACGGUCAGACCAGCUCUUCCUCUGCUAUGGUGGUCCUAGGAAAGGCUGUGCUCUCUCCAAACAACGAUUGUCUCAUUGGGUUGUUGACGUCAUCACCCACGCAUAUAAAGGAGGUGGUCAUCCCCUGCCGUCAGUGGUGAGGUGCCACUCUACCAGGGCCAUCUCAACAUCAUGGGCGGCCCUGCGUGGUGUGCCCCUGGAAGACAUCUGUGAUGCAGCAUCAUGGGCAUCACCAAGUACCUUCUCCAGGUUCUAUCGGGUGAAUGUUGCCACCCCCCAUCCGAUGGGUGUGGUCCUGUUGCCUGACUCUGCUGUUUCCUCUCAAUGAGGUAUGCAUUGGAAUUCUUUGUGACUUUGUUGUUAUGGGUCAUCCAGUGCUUGAAGCACCGCCUCUGGCGGUCAGUAAGGAUGAAAUAGAACGAAAGUUACCUAUGUAACUACGGUUCUAUGAAUCCUGGAUGACCGCCAGAGCGUUCCGUCACUCAGAAUCCUCGUGCACUCGCGAGAAGAUUC